AUGUCGCUCGUUGUAAAACUAAACCGUUUCAAGGUCCUGAAAUGCAAAUCUGAGAAAUAUGCGAGAUUGCAGUUCAGAGGCUCCACCAAACACUCCUCGGUGCUGGUGGACAACGAGGAAAUCAUCUUUGUAAAUGAGAGGUUCGAGUGGAGCGUUAGUGGAGCGGUGGGCGCGGGCGAGGUGCUGACGCUGCAGCUGCUGGCGCGCGCACGAUGGGGCGCGCCGCGCCUGCUCGGCGUGUACCGCUUGGGCCUGCAGAUCCUCGUCGCCGACGGCCAACUCUCCAUCACCGACACGCUGGUCGACGAGCGCAACAAGCCCGUGCCGGUGUUCGUGGAUAUGGAGGUAUUGUAUUCGGCGCCUGUGGAGCCGAUGGCGGGGCUCAGUGAUGACGCCGUCAGCCGCACCAGCGACGUCGGCUUCAUGCACGCGGUCGCGCACAGCUCCGCGCACGAUUCGCUAACCGGCUCCGCAAACAGCUCUGCCAAUUCCGACCUAGACGAGGAAAACGCCUUGGGGCAUAUCCAGCGUCACAUAGACAUGUUGGAACGCUCUUUACAGAAGAAGGAAACCAUUCUCGAUAUAGACUCGGGCGACGAGUCUCGAGCCCGUAAGUUGAAGACUGUGGGCAAACGUAUACUCAGGCGGGGGUUCUCCAUGGGUUCAGAGAAGGUAGUGAGUAUAGCGGAGUGCGAUCGUAAAAGACCGUCGACGUUCAAGAGCGUGCGCAGCCUGAUGCGGCUGGGCGCGCGCGGCCGGGCGCGCGGCGCCGGCGCCGGCGCCGAUGAGGAGCGCGGCCUGCUUGAGCCCGCGCCCGAGCCCGAGCGCCCGUCCAGCCAGACCUCCGUGUCCUCCGACGAGCUCCUGGGCGACACGCGCUCGCCCACCGACACCCCAAAACUCAAGAAAAUUCGCAGCGCUCUGGACACGCCGGGAGCCUCGGCGCUGAAGGCCGCCGACUUCCAGGUGUGCGUGACGGUGAUCGAGGCGCGGCAGCUGGCCGGCCUCAACAUGGACCCGGUCGUGUGCGUGCAGGUCGGCGACAGCCGCAAGUACACCAGCGUCAAGGAGAGCACCAACUGCCCUUAUUACAACGAGUAUUUCGUGUUUGAUUUCCACAUGCCUCCAAUAAUGCUGUUCGACAAGAUCAUUACUCUGUCGGUGCUGCAAUCGCGCAACAUCUUGCGCGCCAAUAAGCUGCUGGGUAGCUUCAAGCUGGACGUGGCGACCGUCUGGAGCCAGCCCGAUCGGCAAUUUUACCACAAGUGGGCUCUGCUCACCGACCCAGACGACAUCGCCGCGGGCGCCAAGGGCUACCUGAAGUGCGACAUCAGUGUCAUCGGCAAAGGAGAUACCAUUAAAAUACCACCGAAAAGUGAAAAGGAUGAAGAUGAUAUCGAAGCAAACUUACUCCUACCCGACGGAGUCCCCAUAGAGCGCCAAAGAGCGAAAUUCAUCGUGAAGAUAUACAAAGCGGACGGGCUGCCUAAGAUGAACUACUCUAUACUCGCCAACGUCAAGCGGGCUUUCACCGGCGAGACGCAGGAUUUGGUCGAUCCCUACGUGCAAGUGUGUUUUGCGGGGAUGACGGGUUGCACCUCAGUGAAAAAAAACUGUUACACUCCCGUGUGGAACGAGCAGAUCGUUUUCACAGAGAUGUUCCCGCCGCUGUGCCAGCGCAUUAAGAUCCAACUGCGAGACAACGACCCGGUGCAUCCUAACAUUAUUGGCACGCACUUUAUUGACCUCAAGUCGAUAUCUAAUGACGGAGAGAAAGGAUUCUUACCAACUUUUGGGCCCGCAUACAUCCAUCUGUACGGCUCGACGCGCGACUACAGCCUGCUGGACCAGCACGCCAGUCUCAACAUGGGCAUGGGAGAAGGGGUGUCCUACAGAGCCAGGAUUCUUGUAUCGAUUCGAACUGAAAUAACAGACAAUAUAGAAUGUCCCCCGGCCUCCGACGUGGAGGUAGAGAUCAUGCCCCCGAUCAAUGAUGCCACGUUUGGCAAGAACGAUGAAUUCUUUCUCUUCGCCAGUGUUUUCGACGCAAACAUGAUCGACAAGCGACUAACUGACAAACCGAUCCAGUUUGAAUUAAGUAUAGGCAAUUCUGGCAAUUCCCUGGAUGGCCACAGCGAAUCAGUCAGACGUCCUCAAGAUUUGGAAUCCGAUGAACUAGAUGAAAUGAGUGCUGACACAGGCUACUGGCAAAGCACAACACAACCGACCAAGGCCGCAGUGUCGAACGAUAAGAAUUACUACUACCUCCCGUAUUGGGACCACAAACAGUGCAUGCAUGUACGCACCAUAUGGCCUGAUCAUCGCCGACGCAUGUAUAAUUCCAACAUGAUAUGUAAUAUCGUUGAAAAGUUUGAAGAAGGGCUACUAGAAGCCCAGACCGCUAUCGAGAACGACGCCGGUGCUGACAACAGAGGCGUGUCGGCGCUGAAAGCGGCGCUGGAGGCGGCGAGCGCGGCGUGCGCACAGUACGCGCGCGCGCGCCACAUGUCCAACGGCUCGCCUAUUGGUAACACCAAACUGGACCGCGAGAGACAAAAAAUGUGUCUUUUUGAAAUUGAGCAGAUGAGCACCAUGACGAGAAGUUUGAGAGCUUUGAUAACCAAACAUUCCAUCAAAGACCGCUUACGCACUGCACACACCUAUCUGAAUAAGAUAAAACGCUUAUGCGAAGAUCCUCAACAAGCGAUGCCCAACAUAUUUAUCUGGAUGAUCAGUAAUGGGAAGCGCCUAGCGUAUCAACGAAUCCCAGCACGAGACAUAAUCUACUCUGUUUAUGAGAACGAGUGCGGUAAGCACUGUGGAAAAAAACAGACUUUAUUCUUGAAGUGGCCCGGCAAGAAAGCUUCGUCUCCAAGCGGUUGGACCAUACCUGCAAAGAUCAGUGUAUAUCUUUGGCUCGGUAUUCUUCAUGAUAAAAAACAUUACAUAGAUGGCCUUCCGCAAGGCUAUGAACUCAGUUCGGACUUAAGAAACGCAGAUAAACUGCGAUCAAAUGCUCCAUCAGCAAUAUUCUAUGCCGAAAAACACACUUUCCAGAUGCGAGCAUAUGUUUAUCAAGCAAGAUCUCUUAUUGGUUCCGAUUCUUCCGGGUUGUCGGACCCUUUUGCAAAGGUAAUAAUAGGUGAAAGCACUGCGACGACCCAGGUGAUUGACGAGACGUUGAGCCCAACAUGGGACGAGUUGUUACUUUUUGAAGAUAUACUUCUUUAUAGCACUUUAGAACAAAUCAAAGCUGACCCGCCGACUAUUGUAAUUGAAAUAUUUGAUCAAGACAAAGUAGGGAAAUCUGAAUUCAUCGGCCGAACUCUUGCCAAACCCCAUGUGAAGGCGUUUGAAGAUCCAUAUGAAAGACCACAUUUUCCACCCUCUUUAGAAUGGCAUGAAAUUAGUCGCGGGGACGAUAGGGCAGGGGAACUAUUGGCUACCUUUGAACUUUUAGAGGUUCCGGCUAAGUUAGAUUCCUCUGUGCUGCCUGAGCUACCGACACCUAGAGAAGCCAACGGAAAAGCGCCCCUUGAUGCUAAUAAGGGCCCUAUUCUCCCAGUACCAAGAGGCAUUCGACCCACUCUUUCUAAAUAUCGUAUUGAAGUACUAUUUUGGGGUCUUCGUGACUUGAAGAGAGUUCAUUUACUGGCAGUAGAUAAACCACGAGUUGACAUUGAAUGCGCUGGAAAUAUUUUGUACUCAUCUGUGAUACAAAACGCAAAACGAAAUCCUAAUUUUACCAAUCCGGUCAAGUUUGUUGACGUAGAACUUCCCGACCAAGAUCUAUAUAGACCACCUUUAACUAUUCGUGUCGUCGACUGCCGAAGUUUUGGCAGAAUAACUCUCGUUGGUACACAUACAAUUAACUCAAUACACAAAUAUAUUUACACCCCGAUGAGUAAAAGAGAAAGAGAAAUUGAAGAACGAAAAAAAUCUCUAAUACAAUUACAAAAUGUAGAUUUGAGGGCAAAUUGUAUUGUUCAAGAUGAUAUGUUUUCCAUAGAAAAUGAAAAAGAAAAUUGUCCUCUGCUCACUCGUGAAGGCAGGUCCACAGUAUCCUAUGGUUCAGGGGUGAGGCAAUCUACACGCAAGAGAGUCACUAAGCGCGAGACUAUGAAAAAAAGAAAAGCUAGUACUGAUUCAUCAUUAGAUGAUGACGAAGGGAGCAAAGAUUGGUGGACAAAAUAUUUCGCAUCUGUGGAAUCCAUGAUUGAAGAAGAGAAAGAAGCUAAGAAGGAAAGACAAGGCUAUUUGCAAACCCCACAGGUAAUGUUCGUGGACGAGACUUGGUCGCCCCGGGAAGAGGUGCCCUCGCCGCGCUCGGAGCGAGAGCGUAACAAGCGCCUUCGGCCAGUUUCACCACGUCCUAAACUCAGUCCUACAAUCUUAAAGAAAAAUGAAAUACCAAAUUCUGCAUUGUCAAAGAUAUAUCCGCAUGAACUUGAAGCAGUCCCCGAAUUCGAUGAAUUUAAGGAAUGGCUUCAUUCGUUUGAGUUGUAUAGAGGAAAGAAGACGGGUGACGAUACAGAAGACGAAAACAGAGUAGUGGGUGUCUUUAAGGGUGCUAUUAAGGUAUACAAAUGGCCACUGCCAAAAGGAAUAGAUGAUCACACCGUAAUGGGGUUCGAUCCAAACUACGGAUUCUUCCAAGGUGUGCCCAGCAAUGACCCUAUACAUGUUUUAGUAAGAGUUUACAUUGUAAAGGCUACAGAUCUUCAUCCAAUGGAUUUAAAUGGGAAAGCCGAUCCGUACAUAGUUCUACAUCUAGGAUCAAAAAGAAUAAGUGACAAAGAAAACUAUGUGUCAAAGCAGUUAAACCCCGUUUUUGGCAAAUGUUUCGAGAUCGAAGCGACCUUUCCUCAGGACUCUAUGCUAACCAUUCAGGUGCUAGACUGGGAUCUACUUGGAUCUGAUGACCUAAUAGGAGAGACGAAGAUUGAUCUUGAAAAUCGAUUUUAUAGUCGUCACCGAGCUACUUGUGGAUUACCAAUGAAAUAUGAAGAGCAAGGUUACAACCGCUGGCGCGACGCAAUGAAACCUUCUCAGAUAUUAGUGAAGCUUUGCAAGGAUGGAAAGCUUGAGCCGCCUGUGUACGAGUACGGGCGGGUGAAGGUCGGGCGCACGGUGUUCAACAUGCCCAUGCACGACGUCGAGCUGUUCUCCAACCCCGACACCGUGGAGGAGCAGAUGGCGCUACUAGUGCUGCGCCGCUGGCACGAGGUGCCGCGCGUCGGCGCGCGCCUCGUGCUCGAGCACGUCGAGACAAGGCCACUCUACAAUCCAAACAAACCUGGUAUAGAGCAAGGCCGACUAGAAAUGUGGGUGGAUAUGUUUCCCAUGGACAUGCCCCUACCGGGGCCGCCAAUGGACAUCUCCGCCCGAAAACCGAAGUCUUACGAGAUGCGUGUCAUCAUAUGGAACACGGAUGACGUGGUGCUGGAAGAUGACGCUUUCUUUACCGGGGAAAAAAUGUCUGAUAUUUAUGUCAAAGGGUGGGUAAAAGGCCCCGACGACUGUCAAGCCACAGAUAUCCACUACCGAUCUCUUACUGGCGAAGGAAAUUUCAAUUGGCGUUUCAUAUAUCCCUUCGACUACUUGGAGGCCGAAGAGCGGAUCGUUAUUUCACGGAAAGAGUCAGUCUUCUCUUGGGAUGAAACAGAAUGCAAGAUUCCUGCGAGAUUAGAAUUACAAGUUUGGGACGCUGACCAUUUUUCGGCUGACGAUUUCUUGGGAGCCAUAACGUUGGACUUGAACAGAUUUCCUCGAGGGGCCAAGUCAUCGAAGUUAUGCACACUUGGCAUGCUAAGUAACGAUGGCACGGUACCGAUGGUCAAUAUUUUCAAACAAAAACGAGUGAAGGGUUGGUGGCCCUUCUAUAUCAAACGUGACACUGAAGAAAUGGAACUUACCGGAAAAGUAGAGGCUGAAAUACAUCUCCUUACUCGUGAAGAAGCCGACAAAGUUCCAGCUGGCGUCGGGCGCAAUGAGCCUGACCCUUUGGACAAACCAAACCGACCCGACGCUUCAUUCAUGUGGUUUUUAAAUCCACUGAAAUCGAUCAGAUACAUCGUAUGGCACAACUACAAAUGGACCAUUUUAAAAGCGACCGUGAUACUUCUGGUGGCCAUGAUGUUCCUACUCUUAAUCUACGCAGUGCCAGGAUAUUCAGUCAAGAAAUUACUCGGUGCAUAAUAGCCACUCUUUUGUUAUACAGAAUACACUAUAUAU